CCAUACUCUGCUCUCUGUCGUUUUCGUUCCUGUUUAAACUACGCGGCACGCCGUUGGCGUUAGACCACCCCACCACCUUUAAUUUGCGUGUAUUUCUCAUCAUCACCUUCCCAUCCUCAAAACUUCUGUCUCUAUAUAUAAGCUAACUUUCUCAUUGACAUAUUCACAAACACAUAAAAAAAGUAAAAGAAAUAAAUAUAUACUAGUUGGAUCAUCAUGGCGAAAGUUGAGCAGCUUCUUCUUCUUCUUCUUGUCCCCGUAUUUCUUCUAGUGUCCGUGUCCGCCCGUGGAGGACUGCUUGGAGGUUUACAACCAGUGGAAGACGUGAAGAGCAAUCAGCAGGUGCAGGAGCUAGGGAGGUUCUCCAUCACAGAGUUCAACAAGCAACUCCUCAACCAGGCGAACGGCGGAGAAGAAUUGAUAUUCUCGGAGGUGGUGGAGGCCAAGGUGCAGGUGGUACGGGGGAUCAUGUAUUAUCUGAAAAUUGAAGCCACCACGAAAGGGAGCCAGGAAACGGGAAUAUAUGAUUCGAAGGUUGCUACUCAGCCUUGGCUUCAUCAGAGGAAGUUGAUUAGAUUUCAGCCUUCAAUGGAUUUAAGAAUCAGGAAAUCAGGAAAAUAAUAUUAAUGAUAAUCUGUCUUGAAUUUUGGCGGUAUUCAUAGGUUUAACGUGAGGUUUAUUCAAUCUUUGAUAAAUUUUGGCAGAGCACUUGUAAUCUUCUAUCAAAAUAAAGGAAUCAAAUUACCAAAUGCAAGU